UGUGUGGCGCAGUUUAAACAAGGACAUAUAUACAAACAACGUUUUAUGUGAACAUAGUGGGAUAGUUGGUUGGUGGACGUUACAUUUUUCACCAGAACGAUGCAAAGGACCGACCGCUGGCCGGAGGAAUUCGAUCCAGAAACCUCUAGAAGCAGGCCUGGCUCCAGAAGGAACUCCACAUCGCAGUCCAGGCGGAACAGCGUGAAAAAGGAGAAAGAAGGGAAGAAGAAGUCGCCACUAGACGCUGCGUCCAACUCAAAUAAUUCCACACCGAAAAAAGCGACGAAGCCUCAGAAUCUGGAUUUUAUUGUAACGGGGAAACAAUGUGUGAAAAGGUCCGACAGAGCCAACUCCCUGCCCGGGUACCACAGGCGCCCGUCGGCCGAGUCCAUCAGGACCAAGAGAUCGUUCGAGUCGCCCAAACGCGUGGUGGACUCGCAGUCCUCCAAGAGCAGGGAGACUUCCUUGGAGGACGACGUGUCCCUGGACUUGUCUCAAGUUUCAGAUUUCGAAGAUACAAACUCUAAGUAUGGCAUACCACAAAAGGUCACAGCGUUUGCUACCUCCACACCCAAAACCAAGCCCAGGAGCGGCUCAUUGCAGAACCAGCUUCAUUCCCAACGCGUCGAGUCCAGAAGAGCUCAGAAGACGGACUCGAAAAGCCGAGACAGCGUCUGUAGUCGGGAAAGUUUGUACAAGACCUCGUCAUCAGCAAGUCCUUAUAGAUACGGAGUGAGUACAGAGCUGGACUACUCCUCGGUCUCUCCCGAGUACUCCGGGCAGUCGUCCACGGAGAUGUCCCCUCGCGUCUCGCGGCUCACGGACACGGCUGUCACCCCUCGCAGCCAGGACAUGAUGGUCUCCAGUUGCUGCGGUGGCAGCUGGCAGGAAUGCAGCGAGAUCGAGAACACGGCGGUCGAGGGUCGCGCCGACGGCGAGUGGAACAACUUCUGGGCGAACUACAAUAACUCCAUAGCGAAAGUGCCCAUGAAGAGUUACUACGACCAGUGCCCCACGCCGUACAGGACCGAAAAUAUUGAUUUGGCCGAUUUGGAAUUCUCUGCUGACGGCUCCAGGAAACGAUCUCCAGACAACAUAGAGGAUAUAAAUUAUAUAAUUCGAAACGAAGGCCUGCAUCUGACGCCGAGAGAAACACAAAACAUAAUCAAAUGCGCCCACAUACUGGGCAACGUAUUGAGCAAAGCAAUCGAGAGACGAUGCAGAGAAAAAGACAGCGACACAAAAAUACAAGAAGUCAAAUCCGAUAUCGAUGAUCCAGCCCGCGAACUUAAAAAGAAAACGAUGAAACUAGACUUGAAAGAGACGCACGUACCCGUGAAUGUUGUUGAGGAAAAGAGAAGCGAGACGGUCACAACUCAAACUGACAUUUCACUUCCAAAUACGAAAAGCGCGCCAAGAAUAUUCGAAAAGAUCCUGAGGCAACUGUCAAGAACGUCUCUAGAGGAGGCCACAGAUAAAAAAGCGGGCGAAAAUAAAACUGGCGAUGAGAAAGUUGUUCAUAAUAAGGAGGAAGAAAAGAAGGAGGUCCAAAAGGAAAAUUAAUGUUUGUUACAUAUUCGUUUACGCUCUAUACAAUGUUCUAGUCAAAUUAUAUUUGUAAGAUCUUGUAAUAGGUACUUACCUAUCUACAUCCGGCAUGUCGACAUUCCAAUUUACUAUAUAAUAAUUGUUCUUAGUUCAAAUCUCUCCAUGUUUUUUGGCGGAUGCACUUUGUACCGUGCCAUAUGAAGAGAAAAAGGAAAAAUAUAUAUCCUACAGUUUUGUAAAUGUGUUUAAGGAUUUUAAAAUAAUAUAGUUACUUAGUUAAUGCUCUUUAUUUAUUGUUUAUUAUUUAAUUUACCUUCUUAUUAAAAUAAUCUAUUGUAUUUAAACUGGUGGUCUACCAUGAAAUGAAAUUCCGAAAUUUCGGGUUCAAUUUCGUGUUUUUGUUCGUACCGAAAUCGACCCAGUAAAUGGAGCUUAACGUUUCGUUCAUCAUAAAUCCUAUCCCAAUAGUCCAGAGGAACGAUAUUUUAACAUUUUUAAUAAUUUUAAACGUAUUGUAUGUAUUAUGUAAUUUUAACAUCAAAUUACUGUUUCGUUCGUCCCCGAAAUUUCGAAAAAUAUUUCAUGGUAGGCCCUCUGAUUAUUAUAAGUGCAAUAAUUAGGUAUGUUCAGAAAAUAUGCGACAACUUGACUUUACCCUUAUGACCAAACCAUAGAUAUUGAAUCGCGCGCAGUGUACACUUGCAACACUACUGCGCAAGUAUUUAAUAAAUGAGCAAGUAGUUAAGUAAUAAGUAUUUAUUUUGUAUGUGAACAGCGCAAGUGAAUCAUGCUCAAGUUAUGUGUUGAUAGUUAAAAAGUAAAUAAAAAGUUUUAAGGAAAUAAUGCUAUAGUACGUGGAUAUUUAAUAAAUGUUUUCCAUUCCAACGUCGAAUCUUUCAAUAUCUUUACCUAAGUAUGUUUUAAAAAUGAAAAUUCUGUAUCUAUGGAAGUAUGUUUUGUUCCGCCAUUAAAAAACGGUUUAUGUUUUAUAAGAGACGGGAAUUAAUGCGAUCAUUUGUGACUACUCAGUCUACUUGUGACCACAGCCGGAGAAACCUGGUCGAAACGUGGAGAUAAUAAAAACAAAUCUACCUUUAAAUCUAAACUACGUGAUCGCUUCCUAAAAAAUUUGUAAUACAUUUUGUAACCUCUUUCUUGUUUCUCUCUAUUAUUUUUCUUUUACUUUCUAAUUGCACUUUUUACUUCA